GCGAAGCCACAGUAGAAUCCCUAUUUAAUUGCCACCCCAUCCCCAUCCACUUGUGCACAUAUCUGACGCUCCCCACGUUGUUAACGCUCCCCACAUCGACGAAUUCCCCCGGAGAAACAGAGGCAGCGGAUCGAGCGAGCAAGAUGGGUUUGAAGGAGGACUUUGAGGAAUAUGCUGAGAAAGCCAAGACCUUGCCAGAGAGUACAACCAAUGAGAGCAAGCUCAUCCUCUAUGGGCUUUACAAGCAAGCCACAGUUGGACCGGUGAACACCAGUCGCCCUGGAAUGUUCAACAUGAAGGAUCGGGCGAAGUGGGAUGCAUGGAAGGCUGUUGAAGGGAAAUCGGCGGACGAAGCAAUGAACGAUUACAUCACAAAGGUGAAGCAGCUGUUGGAAGAAGCUGGUGCCUCUGCUUGAUGUCUGUGACUCUAUCUAUCCUCUAGGGGCUUCAUUAUUGCUGUGUUUGAAACUCGUACCCUAUGAAAAUUAAGAACACUAUGUGAUCGCCCUUUUUAUUACUUUUCAGAAUUUCAUGUGUCCCGGCAACUUUCAUUAUAUUCCUCGCACUUCACUUUUUGUGUGUCUUGCCUGUAGCAAGUUCUCGAAAAUGGAAGGUCUAUUCAGAAAUUUCUGAUCCGCAGAUGUGAGCUAUUUUCUGGAAUGUGAUGGAUGUGUUGCCUGA